AAAUAGAUAUAAUACAAACUAUAGGGGUUUGUAAUACAAUUUACAGAAACUUAGAGGAGAUCUGCGAAUUCAGAAACCUCCAAAUCGAAACUUCAUCGGCGGUGAGGAAACGGAGACACAAUCAAUUCUAUGGAUUCUCCAUUUUCGCCGGCGAUUUAUCUCUUCAUCAUCUCCUUCUCCUUCCUUUUAGUUUCUUCAUCUCCAAAUUCAUCCCUAGGGCUCGACGCAAUCUCUAAUGGCGAAGCAGAACAUAGAGAUGAAACCGGAAUCAUAGGGCGUAGACAUCUGAUGAGCUUUAAGGAGACGCCUAUUGGUACAAAUAUCACUUAUGAUUGUUCUCCUUCUGGUCCUUGUGUUCCUUGUUCUUACUCCGAAAAGAAAGAUGAAAAGUAUAGAUGCAGUGAAACUGGAUAUCGUAUCCCUUUCAAAUGUAUAGAGAUUAAAGCUAGUUCAAAGGAAGUGAACAACAAUAAAGGAAAGAAGAACCGAUCUGCUCUGGAGGACACAUAUACUGCAGUAAGGCCACAUGUCAUGAAGCACAAUGAACAAGCUCUUACCUCCUCGGUAAGACAAAGAAAUUUGCUGGAUGAUUCAUCCUCGUCAAAGAGUGGAAUACGUACGUAUAUAACUUAUAGGAGCUGUGUUCUUUCAAUAAAUGAAGAGAAGUUGUCAGUACUUGGGUUUGAGGUGAUUAUGCUGGGUUUACUUAUUGUCAGUGGUUCAACCAUAUACUUCAGAAAAAGGCGAGCGGGUGCUGUAUCUGGUGCUGGCCCAGUCAGACUUCCAACUAGUUCUCGAUUCUAACUAAAAAUCUGUACGUUUGCAGCUUAGGAUUCUUUUUUAAUCUUUUUACUUUCUUGAUCCAAGGUUGCAAUCCUAGUAAGAUUUGCUGUUAAACAUGUUUGAAUACUUGUAAAAUGUUGUAGUAAUUCAUUCGAUCAUUUUUAUAGUUAGAAGAAAAUAGAGAGUAUGAAGAGUAACUCGAUAUUGGAUAGAAGGUGACCAUAUCCAGUUUGUACUGUAUAGUCCUUUGAACCUUUCAAAUAGUCCACACCAUUCUUAGUUUACUAUCUUCCCCUUCGC